UAAAAAUUUCAUUCCGUUUCGAGCAUUCGACGUGUGCGGACGUGUACCAUCAAGUGUCUUCCCAGUCUCAACUCGCUCACGCAGUCGUGAAACGGGCGUUAAAAGUGUUUGAAAAAAAAAUAAAUAAAAUAAUCAGAAAUACAUGUGUAUCGAAUGAAAGGCUCUUAUCGAGUGCAUAAAUUGCAAAAUAUUGUUAAAUAUUUUAUUUUUGUCAGAAUGUGCAGCAAUAAACAUGCAGUGCUACAAAAUGUGCAUUGAUCUUAAACAGUGCUGAACAACUUGUUAACUGAGCAAAGCAUUUGCCGCAACUAAUUAAAGGCCACAAUCAUAAUCGUUUAUCAUUAUCAUCCUAUAUGAGCCAUGGCAGUUGUUCGGCUACAAAAUAUGCCAGUCGCCGCAAAUAAAUGGAUUAAAUACAAUAACAGCAGCAGCAGCAGCAGCAGCAGCAACAACAACAACACAGACAAGCAGACAACGACGACGACAACGACAACGCAAUUGCGUUGCCAGCUGACGCUGUUGUUGCCGCUGAUUGCACUCAGCGUCCUGCCGUAUGCCUGCAGCAACAGCAUUAACAGCAGCAGCAGCAGCGGCAAGAACAACAGCGAUAACAUGCAGACAUUUGGCGUGGCCAAAGCGCCACUGGAACUGGAGCCGGAGCAGGCGGAUGGCCAAGGCAAUUCGCUGAACAUGAUACAGCGCAACUAUAUGGUCAUGCAUCCGGCGGGUGCAGCGGCCGCGGGCAGCGCUGCCGGCGAGCACAGCGAUCACAGCGAUCACAGCCGCUCGCUGAAGCGCGCCUCGCUAACCAACACGAGCAUCACCUGCAACGAUGGCACCCACGCGGGCUUCUACCUGCGCAAACAGCCCAACUCAAAGAAGUGGAUUGUGUUCCUCGAGGGCGGCUGGCACUGCUUUGACAAUCGGUCGUGCCGUGCGCGUUGGCUGCGACUGCGCCAUCUGAUGACCUCCUCGCAGUGGCCAGAGACACGAGAUGUUGGUGGCAUACUGUCGCCGCACGCAGAGGAGAAUCCCUACUGGCACAAUGCCAAUCAUGUGCUGGUGCCCUACUGCAGCAGCGACUCCUGGUCGGGCACACGCGCCGAGCCGGACACGCGCGAUCGCGAGAACAACUGGCGCUUCAUGGGCGCCCUGAUACUGCGUCAGGUGAUUGCCGAUCUGAUACCGCUGGGCCUGGGUCGUGUAGCCGGCGGCGAACUGCUGCUGGUGGGCUCCUCCGCCGGAGGCCUGGGUGUCAUGCUCAACUUGGAUCGUGUGCGCGACUUCCUGGUCAACGAACGCAAGCUGCAGGUGACGGUGCGUGGCGUCAGCGAUUCGGGUUGGUUUUUGGACCGCGAACCAUACACCCCAUCCGCGGUGGCAUCCAGCGAGGCGGUGCGUCAAGGCUGGAAGCUGUGGCAGGGCCUGCUGCCCGAGGACUGCGUCAAGGCGCAUCCCACCGAGCCGUGGCGCUGCUACUUCGGCUAUCGGCUGUAUCCCACGCUAAAAACUCCACUGUUUGUGUUCCAGUGGCUCUUCGAUGAGGCCCAAAUGCGCGCCGACAAUGUGGGCGCGCCCGUUACGCCCCAGCAAUGGAAUUAUAUACACGAAAUGGGCGGCGCGUUGCGCUCCUCGUUGGACAAUGUGAGCGCCGUGUUUGCGCCCAGCUGCAUUGGGCAUGCGGUGCUCUCCAAGCGCGACUGGUUGAACAUCAAGAUCGACGACAUCUCGCUGCCUGCGGCGCUGCGCUGCUGGGAGCACUCGACGCGGCAGCGACGCAAGCGCCACGACAAGCUGAAGCGCUCUACGGAGGCGACGACGAUGGCGCUGCAGGAGCAGCAGCUGCUGCCACAUCCCAAUGCCAAUAGCCAAAGACAUCAGCGACAUCGCCAGCGGGCACAGAAGCUGAACAAUGUGGCGCAGCCGCAGCGCAAGCGCAAUCAUCUCAGCAAGGAGCAGCGCGAGGAGCGCAAGCGUCGCCGUCAGGAGCGGCAGCGGCGCAAGCAGCGACGCCGCCAGCAGCAGCAGCAGCUGCAGCGCAAGCGCGAAAACGAGGCGGACGCCAACAGCAGCAAGAGCAACAACAACAACGAGCAGCGCAAGCAGCGUCGCCGCCAACAACUGAGCGCAGAGCAGCAGCUCCAGCGUAAGCAGCAACGCCAGCAGCGACGCAAGCUGCAGCAGCAGCAGCAGCAGCAACCGGAGCUGCAGCAGGAGCAACAGCCGAGCGAGCCGCAAAAGCGUCGCGCCUCGAACAGCGCCUCCAAGCCGAAGCCGAAGCCGAAUCCGCUGCGGCAGCGGGUGCCGCGCGUGCCGGAAAAGUGCGGCCUGCGUCUGCUGGAGCGCUGCAGCUGGCCGCAGUGCAACCACUCGUGCCCCACGCUAACAAAUCCGCUGACCGGCGAGGAGAUGCGCUUUCUCGAGCUGCUCACCUCCUUCGGCCUGGACAUCGAGGCCGUCGCCGCCGCACUCGGCGUCGAUAUGCACACCCUGAACAACAUGGAACGCACCGAGCUGGUCAACCUGCUGACGCAGCAGGUGAGCUGAAACGCUAGAGCUGAGUUGAGCCAGAAAUACUGUAAAUAGUUGGCCUGUAUAUAGAUAUAGCCAUAGACUGUAUAGCCGACCCUCACAUUGUACAUACAUGCAUAUAAACACACACACACACACACACACACAUAUAUAUAUAUACACAAAUUGAUAUAUAUAUAUAUCGGAGCUAUUCCAAUUCCUAAAUCAAGCAAAAGACAUGCGCAUAGUACCCAGUUAUUAAGCAGAAUUUAUUUAUAUAUAUAAACACACGCACACACACGAACACACACGCACACUCAUACGCAUACACACAUACUCGUACUCGUAUUCGUAUUCGUAUUCGUAUUCGUAUUCGUAUUUAUUCAUUCGCAUUCAUUUCUGCGCAACGAGAAACUAACACAAAUGCAACCACAAGACUGUUUUUUAUGUUUUCUAUAUUAAAUAUAUAGUUUAUAUAUAUAUAUAUAUAUAAAUAUAUUUUUUUUGUAAUUAAUAUUCAUAAUUUAUUUAUAAUUAGCUCGUUAAGCUUAAGACAGGAGCUGUUUUGCAGAGCGUCUAGACUUUUUCAAUUGCCCGUUUGCCGAGUUUGAUGUUCGUUUGUUUGUUUUUUAAAUGCAAAUAUAUAAAUUAUUAAUAACAAAUUACAAAUUAAAAAUAACAAAUUACAAAUUACAAAUUACCUACCUCAAGCAAAACGAUGAGAAAUUAUUAGACAGCUGCCUUGAAUAGCAUAUUGCAUUUUGUACCUGUGCAAAUAUAAAUCAAAUAUCAAAUACUUUUAACAUUAUUUAUUUAUGUAAAUUAGCAACAAUUUUUUGUUGUUGUUGUAGUUAUGCUAAAUGCACGCAUUCCGUUCAAAAUAAUAAUUGUACUUAAAAAAAAAAUGCAACAAAUUCAAUUCAAUUGCAAUUUACGCAAUUUACUGUCAAGCCGAACAACUCGAAUAUUAUCAUUAUUAUUAUUAUUAUUAUUAUUAUUAUUUAAACUUUAGUUGAAUAAAUGUAAUCAAAUAUUGUUAAGUACAAUUAGCAAUUAGCCUGUACAGAACCGGUUAAAGUUUAGUCUAAGGAUUGUUGUGCUUAAAAUAUGCCUAAGUUCGAUUUAAAAAAAAAAACAAAAACAAAAAAAAACAAGGAAAAAAGAAGAAGAAAAGUCAAGAGCGAAAAUUGCAUUGUUACAGUUUCCAGCAAGUGAAGGAAAACCGAGAAAAAUCAAGAAAAACCAACUGGAAAAAAUCAAA